UUGUCCACUAGAAGGCAACAAACCAAUAAUCCAAGGGAUCAGAAUUACCGGAAAUGACGAGGCAGUUGAACUUCCGUGUUGUUAGCGUAGCCUUUAUUAGCGCAUAUUUAGUUUAGCUUGCUCUUGUGACUUAUGACUGUAUUACGUUAGCUUAGUACAGUCAAAGUUGCUUCAGGCUUACAGUCUGUGUCACAUCAUUUUCUUUUAAACUGGUAACUCGAAUCUAUUUUUGCAAUGGAGGUUUUUUUCAGACGUUGAAUGCUUGCUAGCAAAUUUUUCCAGAUAAGUGAGAUUUCUGCUGCCAUGUAGAGGCUGUCCUGUCUUUGGUGUUUACAUCCCUGUCGUCGUUUCAAUGGGGAAAAGGAAAGACAUGAUUCACCCCCGGUUUCUCUGUGAAGGCGGCUCAAGUCUGCACAGCGUUCACAAGCGGAAACACAAAAAACACAAGAAGCACAAGAGGAAGCACCACAGCUUCGCCGAGGCCCCAGAGCCCGAGCCUGUGGUGGUUCCUCGGCCUCCUCCGCAGCUCAGACUCAAGAUCAAACUGGGAGGACAGACGCUGGGGACCAAGAGCGUUCCCACCUUCACCGUGCAUCCCGGUGUGGCUUGUCCUCCCUCCCCCUUGAUGAUUAUUAAUAAUGUUGAUGAUGAUGACGAUGAUGAGGACGAUGAUGAGGAGGACGACGACGAUGAGCCCUCUGUGCCUUUGGAACAGUAUCGGGCCUGGCUGGAUGAAGACAGCAACCUGGCCACGUCCCCUAUGCCAGACAUAGACUCAGACUCCAUGCUGGGCGUGCCUGUGGACGAGGAGGAGAGGUGGUUGGACGCUCUGGAGAAGGGAGAGCUGGACGACAACGGAGAGCUGAAGAAGGAGGUUGAUGAGUCUCUGCUCACCGCCAGACAGAAAGCCCUGCUACACAAGCAGCAGAGCCAGCCUCUCCUGGAGCUCCCCAUGGGUUACAAGGAGAAAGAGAUGACCGCAGAGAUGAUGCAGAAGCGGGAGGAACGAGCCCGAAAGAGACGCCUGCAGGCCGCAAAGAAGGCAGAAGAGAACAAGAACCAGACAAUAGAGAGACUGACAAAAACCAGCAAGGCCAAGAUCAAAAGCAUGAGAGAGAGGAAGUCCAAGCAAAAUCAGUGUCCUAUGGUCCGGUACAGGGACUGCGCCCAGGGCAUGGCCAUCUCUUUCCCCACCGGGGUCCCCGCUCCGGCCCCAACAACGCCCUGUCCUCCACCAGCAGCCCCGGUGAACUGCGGGGCCAGCGGCUGCACCAACCUCAAGAAGUACUCCUGCUCAAAGACCGGCGUUCCUCUCUGCAGCCUCGAGUGUUACAAGAGGAACUUGCUGCUUGAACUUUAAGGGACGAAUAUAUCCUCAACGGAUGUGGUUCUGUUACUACGUUGGGAUGUGAUGAAGGUGCGUACAGUCCACGUGGUUAUAAACAUUUCCUGACAUUUACGUUAACACAGAUACUCGUGACUCCACAGAUGUGGUAGGUAUAAUUUGAACUUUAAACAUAGAUCUGGUCAGGGCUAAGAAUGUGGAUUUACACUUGUUUGUAGCUGUGUCAUAUUGAUAAUAAUGGUUUUCCCUGCAGUGAUUGCUGGUUACACAAUUCAAUUAUGUACAUGAUGAAAUGUUAGGAUCUAAAAAUCUGUGUACCAAAUAUAAUACAAUAUUUAUGAUUUCCAUUUGUUGAAUACUACAUAAAAUGAAUAUUUUUGUAUAA